AAUCCCCUUUGGGGGACUCGGUUUCCUUCUCUGUGAAAUGGGGUAACACGUCCUCCAAAACCCACCUCACACCAGACCGCAGCCCAGACGUGGCGAGGAAACGGGGCAGGCGUUCUGCCCGCCUGAGGUCUGCGCGCCGACGUGAGGGUGGCCCCGGGGGCGCCUCCCCCAGGGCCGCCCCAGAAGCGGGCUGGAGCCCCGCGGGCGCGGCGGGCGGGCGGAGCUCGCGUUAGGACCCAGCAGCUCCGGGGCUGGAGGGCGGGCGCCGACCCGUCGGGGGCCCGGAGGGGGGCUCGGAGCGGGCGGAGGGGCGGCUCCGCGGGCGGACUCGGAGCGGGCGGCGGAGUGACCCGACCAGCUGUCCCGACACCAGCCCAGACUGCCUCACCUCGUAGCCAUGAGAGCUGCCUACCUCUUCCUGCUGUUCCUGCCUGGCCUGCUGGCUCAGGGCCAAUAUGACCUAGACCCACUGCCCCCGUUCCCAGACCACGUCCAGUACACCCACUACAGUGACCAGAUAGACAACCCGGACUACUAUGAUUAUCAAGAGGUGACUCCUCGGCCCCCCGCGGAGCAGUUCCAGUUCCAGUCCCAGCAGCAAGUCCAACAGGAAGUCAUCGCGGCCCCCACCAUAGCUCCAGGAAAUGUGGAGACAGAGCCCACGGAGCCUGGGCCUCUGGACUGCCGUGAGGAGCAGUACCCAUGCACCCGCCUCUACUCCAUCCACAAGCCUUGCAAACAGUGUCUCAAUGAGGUCUGCUUCUACAGCCUCCGCCGCGUGUACGUGGUCAACAAGGAGAUCUGUGUCCGCACGGUCUGUGCCCACGAGGAGCUCCUUCGAGCUGACCUGUGUCGGGACAAGUUCUCCAAAUGUGGUGUCAUGGCCAGCAGUGGGCUGUGUCAAUCCGUGGCGGCCUCCUGUGCCAGGAGCUGCGGGGGCUGCUAGGGCCGAGCUGGUACCCCCAUCCCCCACCCCCGCCCUGGACCUUCCUCGGAUCCGGGGCCCUCAGGCCCUGCCUGACCUGGUGCUUUUCUCCCCAGCCUGACAACCCUUUUAUUCUGUAAAAAGUUAGUGGACUGUGGCCCUGGGGGUUCGUCUCAGGCCCCUCUCCCAGCCUGCAGACACCCCUGCGGCACAAGGGGGGCUCCCCACUCUUCACCCCCUGAUGAGGGGCAUCCCAGGCCUCUGGGUGGGACCUGGGCCUCUGAUGUGCCUUCUCAGUCCCUCUGAGGACAGUCCCCUGGCCCCUCAAGGUAGGCUAUGCCCCUCACCCCAGCUGGUCUGCUUGGAUUUCCUACAGCUCCCGGGCAUAGACCACCUUUGUUUUAUAUAAAAUUAAAAUUGUUUUUACAAAA